AUGAGUGAGAGAAGUGUGCUGACCACAAUGAGCUGUCGACUGGCUGCUUUGAUCCUUCUCAGUGCGUUGUAUCAGACUAUGUCUCACCAGAUCUCUUCGACUGUGGUUGAACCUGGUGAUGAUGUUAACAUGGUGUGUUUAGUCACGGAGAAUAAAGCCGGGUUGUUUUACUGGUACAAGCUGAAGUUUGGAAACAUGGUCGAAAAAGUUUCAGACGGAAGUUUUCAAAGCCUGAAACUUGAGGAACAAUUUAGAAACUCUAGAUUUGAAGUCACACGGGAGGAGACAGUCACAGGCACGGAUACUCUGUUUUCUCUCAACAUCAGAAAUGUAAGCAAAGAGGAUGAAGCCACGUACUUCUGUCAAGCUGGAACAGCAUAUGAAAUGAAAGUUAUCAAUACGACUCUCUUGAAUGUGAAUGAUCAUAAAAAUCACCAGAGAUCAGUCUACGUGAGCCAGAGACCAGAGACCCAGUCGGUCCAGGAGGGCGCCUCAGUGGAUCUCCAGUGUUCACUUCUCUACAAGUACAAAGAAACCAGAGUCCAGUGUCCAGAUGAACACAGUGUGUACUGGUUCAGAGCUGGAUUCGAAGAAUCUCAUCCAGGUGUUAUUUACACUCACAAUAACAUGAGAUUUAAACAAGGGGAGAGAAGCUGUGUCUAAAGUCUGUCCAAAACUAUCCAGGACUCCUCUGAUGAAGGGACUUACUACUGUGCUGUGGCCACAUGUGGAGAAAUCCUGUUUGGUGAAGGAACUACAGUGGAGACAA